GAAAAUAUGGCGCGAAGCUCCACGAAACAAUGUUUAUCUCAGAGGACGAAUUUACGCAAGCUAUUUUAAAUCUUUGAGGGAAAAGAAAAUGAACGAAACUGAGGAAGGGAAUUAAAAAGGAAAUCGAAGAUGUCAAAAUUUUGGCAACAUCCGAAUGUGAAUCUGUUUAAACAUUUUAACAUUGGAGAAUGGAAGAAGUGCUCCAAGGAAGGAGAAGUCUCAACUAUUAUGGACAAACAGGUGAAAGGCACAGUUUAUAGAAUCACUGGAUCAAUUCCUGCCAGCAACUUCAUUCAGUUCCCUCGCACCAGCACUCAGUCAUUAGGGUUGACUGGUAGAUUUUUGUACUGCCUAUUCCGUCCGAUUGCUGGAAAGUACUUUGUUGUCCAUGUGGAUUUAGCAACAGAUGAUGGACUUACCAUUAGGAUUUCCUUCUCAAAUAUGUUCAAAGAGUUCAAGUCCACCUCAACAUGGCUACAGUUUCCAUUUGUCUCCAGCCCUCCUCCUGGUUCAGUGGAUGAAGCUACUCUCAGUGAAGCGGGCACCAUAACAAGUCUUGUGGGCACCACUUCUCAAACAACUCGCUGGACUGUUCUGGUGCUAGACUUUCGAUACAUCCUUUCUGUCUACCUGAACCGCCAAUAUUCUUACAUGAAAAGCAUUCGCUUGUGUGCCAACAUGUUUCUCAAAGGACUCUUUACAAGUGACAUAGAUUACGCACCUGGUAUUUCUGCUUCUGAAGCCAGAAAACUAGGCUUGUUGGAUAAAGGAAUCAGUCCUUUGCCAAGAGAAAUGGCAUUUCCUUUAGCCAAGGGAGCAGAUUGGGACCAGUUAUAUGACUACAUCAAGUUCCCUCCUGAUUCCAAAAUUGCACAAUUUGGAAUCAUGGCAAAUAUGAAGUCUACAUUACAACAUGCCAAUGGGGAGCAACCCCCAACCACUGCAAAGGAAGAAAGACAGACCAGAGUAAAUCAUGUCAGUCAGGUUGGUUCAUCGGCAAAACUUUCCCAAGAAACAUCUCAACACUCAAGAGGUGACGUAAAGACACGUCAAGCAGUAACCUCAAGGAUAGCAUUAGUGGACAGACUUAAUCCACACAAGCAACACCCAAAAAAACGCAAACACAUUGUUCCUACUGCCCUACCAGCAGUAGGAAUCCAAGGAGCACAAGUGGCAGAUCCAAAUUUUGGUGAAGUACAUGUCUAUGCCCAUCCAAAUAAAUCUGUCACUAAUCUUCAACAAUGGAAAGAACCAGAUAAGGUCCAACAGUUAGAAAGAAUGGAAAUACCAAAGGCUUCUAGGGCAGGAAACUUCACGACGCUCAAACCAGAUCCCAUUCUGUCUCUGAAAAGAGUUGUGGGGUUUGGAGGUGGCACCUACAAUGAGGCUUUGUGGACAAAGAAUGGUUCUUGCAUAGUGUACCCAUGUCAUGCAAUCAUUGUAGCGAUAGAUGUGUCAUCUGGACAACAACAGUUUUUUAUGGGUCACACAGACAAGGUUUCAGCCCUGGCCUUUGAUGGUCAAAGAGAUAUUUUAGCUUCAGCCCAGACUGGAUCUCCUUCUGUUAUCAGAAUAUGGAAGUACCAUUCACAAAAGUGCACCGCAAUGUUUCGAGCCGAAGUGCAUGAUGUGCACUGUAUAAGUCUUUCAUACAGUGGCAACAUUUUAUGUGGUGUUGGAAAAGACAACCUUGGAAAGCAGCUGAUUGUGGUUUGGGAUAUCAGUCAUGCUAUCAGAGGUGGAGAAGUUUCCAUUAUUGCCAAAGCACACACUGAUAUUGAUAUUCAGCGCAUGAGAAUUGCAGAGUUUGAUGACAGCAGGUUGAUUUCUUGUGGUAAUGACAACAUUCGUUUCUGGCGAAUUCGCCAUGGUUCUUUGAGGUCUUGUCCAGUAGAUCUUGGUCGUCAAGGCUUGGUUCAUUUCACUGAUAUAGCUUAUGGAGCCAAAAAUCCCACAAGUGCAGAUCCUACAGUUAGAAAAGUCUAUUCCUGUACAAACCAAGGGACAAUUUAUCAGAUUGACUAUCAGAAGAUCAUGCUGGACAAAGUAAUCAGACUUCUUCCUAUUGGUUCUCGUAGCAACCUAGUUGGCAAGUAUGGUGGUACAACUCCAACUGAGUUUGGAAUUAGACUCAAUUCACUCUAUGUAAAUGAGUCAUUUUGUGCCACUGGCUCAGAUGAUGGUUUCCUUCGGUUGUGGCCUUUAGAUUUUUCCACUGUGUUCCUUGAAGCUGAACACGAGGGCCCAAUCACAGCUGUUAACAUCUCUAGUGAUGGACUUAAUGUGUUAGCAGGAACAAACACGGGUAAUCUUGGUGUAUUAAAUACAUCAACCCGCACCUACUCCACACUGAUGAGAUCUCAUACGCAAAAGAUCUCAGCCAUGUCAUUUGAUUCCACUCACCGUUAUCUGGCCACAGUGUCCUUUGAUGAAUCAAUACGAGUCUGGGAUCUUGACACUCUUGCACAGCUGUUUGACUUUCAAGCUCCUGGUGAGCUCCCCUGUGCCAUUGCAUAUCACCCUCAGCAGCAGUGCUUUGCCUGUGGGUUUAUGUCAGGAUGUGUAAGAGUGUUCCAUGUCGGGACAACAAAUCUGCUAGCUGAACAUAACCAGCAUGCUGGCCAAGUGACAGGCUUGGUGUUUACACCUAAUGGAGAAUUCAUGCACAGUGCAGGGUCACUAGGUUCUCUUUCAUUAUAUGAUGCUGCUGAUGAAGAAUUCCGGUUGAUUCGCAUGUUACCCAACACAGUUGCAGCAGGUGCUAAAUUUGGAUCCCAUGUACUGAGUGUAAGUGAAGACAGCCUGAAGUUGGCAUUUAUUGGACCCUCUGAAUACACAGUGACAGUUGCCAAUGCCAGAUCUCUGGAUGAGGUUUUACGCAUUGACAUCAGCACCAUCACUGCAGACCGAUCAGUUGUGGACUCUGCACUCCAUGUCUGUUUUUCUUCAUCAUCUCUAAAACAGUUAUUGGUAAUCACUUCAACAUCAAGGUUGCUGAAGCUUGACUCUCACAAUGGACUCUUGUUAAGCGAGGUUUCCAAUAUUCAUCGUGGUAACUGUUCAAGUUUAGCUGUGAGCCGUGAUGGGAAAUAUCUGGCCACUGCUGGAGACAAAGUUGUAAAGAUUUGGGAUUAUCAUAUGCGACUGGACAUUAACUUUCAGGUCUUUAUUGGCCAUUCAGAUCACAUUCAGCAAGUUGCUUUCACUCCAGAUAAUCUUGGGCUAAUUAGUGUAGGAGAGGCCAUUUUGUUAUGGGAUUUUCAUGGAAGAGUGAGGCAGACACAAGUGAAUGGAGGACGCAACCCACAGAAAAGUUACAUUCCUGAACUAGCAGCAGAAAAAAGUGUGAAAAUCACUCCUGAAAGACCAUAUAGUCCACCAAAUGGUCAUCCUAACACAGUCAUCCCAAGAAAAUCAGUUCCAGUACCAACUAAAUAUGAACCUCCUCAGUUUGACAUCAGCCCAAUUCCUGCUGAUGUGCAUGACAGCGAAAAUGUUCGUGGUACCCUUGAUAGAGUGCUGCAGAGUGAAGUUCAUGAUAGUUACUCUCCAGAGAAAAGCAAAAGCCCCCAAAAACAAGCUUUGCUCAACACUGGUGAAUCUGGCUCCCCCGUCAAGACUAAAUCUCCUGCCAGAAGAUUGAACUUCAAUGUUCCCCCACCGGGUGGAUCAAGAGUAGUAAACAGUGAUGACCAUCCUGUCCCUAAGGUCACUAGACACUACAGGUGCCGUGCAAGGACUUCCUCCUUGGCCGACCGCAGAUACACAGCUCCUCCAAACCAAGCAGGACUCCAGCUAAAAUCUGUUCUUGGAUACAAUGGGAAUGGAAGGAAGAAUUUGGUGUGGAAAUAUGACACAGGCCUCUUUGCCUACACCAGUGGGUGUCUUGUGGUCAUAGAGGACCUUCAUUCUGGUACUCAAAGGCACCUUAUGGGGCACACAGAAGAGAUCUCUACAUUAGCCCUACAGCAUGAUGGUCUGAUGCUGGCCUCAGCCUCUGGGCCUUCUGAUACAGUAGCCAGUCAGAUCCUCUUGUGGAACCUGCCAGAUGGAGUUUGUCAAAAGGUUCUAACCCACCAUGAACAUGAGAUAGUCUGUCUAGCAUAUUCCCGUGAUGACAGAUUCCUUGUGUCAGUGGGUGAUUACAGGGAGUGUUCUGUUGUGGUUUGGAGCACAAGAGACUUGGUAGUCCUUGCCUCCUCUUUUGCCAGGCAUCCAGUUCAUGACAUCAUGUGGGAUCCAUACACUGCUAAUGAAUUUUGCUCCGUGGGUCAAGAUGGCUCUGUGUUGUUUUGGUUACUGGAUGAGACUGGUGAUCAGAUGACACUCAAUGUUCAUGAGCCAGAGGUUCCAGAUGAACUUACACAGUCCAAGAAAGUUAGAGAUGAGUAUUAUGAUUUCACAGCUGUUUGGUAUGCAGGAGACAGUACUAUGUAUGCUGCUACAAGCUCAGGAAUGUUGUCUGCCUGGGACACCAGGCAGAACAAGUGCUUCAUUCACUGGGAAGGAGACUCUGCUGAAAUUGGUAUGCUUAUGGGAUAUGGUGGUACUCUUAUAGCUGGCAGUGCCUCAGGGAAUCUCAGAUUGUGGUCUGUGGUAGGAGUGAGUGAGAUGCGACUUCCUGGAGAUGCCACUAGAUUAUCCAGCAAUGGUUUGGUUAUGGAAGAUGAAAUGACACUUGAUGGAGCCAUUAUUUCUGCAUCAUUUGAUGAAGCAUUGGAAACUGGCAUUAUUGGUACAUCAUCAGGUACAUUAUGGUAUGUCAACUGGGAUGAAAGAACCAGUAUCAGGUUGGUCAGUGGCCAUGCACAGAAGAUUAAUGACUUACUCUUCAGUGGUCCAGAUGACCAGUACUUUGCAACAUGUAGCACUGAUGGAAUCUUACAUCUCUGGAGCAAGGAUAACUUGGAACAUCUUCAGUUUCAAGUUCUUGGACAGAAUUGCAACUGUGUGUCCUUCAGUCCAGUACCAACUGCCACUCCCACUAAAUCUGUCACAAACGAGGGACAGACUAUCGCAACUGUCCACCCACAGCCUCAACCUGAUGAUGAGACUAUUAUUCACCCUUCACAUUGUGCUGCUGGGUACAGUGAUGGAACUAUCAGAAUAUUUGAUUUGGGUAAAGUGGAAAUGGUUAUGAAAAUGCAGCCUCAUGCUGCCGCAGUGACAGCAAUAGCAUUCUCAUCUUUUGGAAGAGUGAUUAUCAGUGGUGCUGAAGAUGGUUUGCUGGCUAUCAGUAGUCCCUCAACAGGGUUGACAGUGAGACUUUUGAAUGAUCACAAGGGUGCACCAAUCACAUGUAUUCACAUCUCAUCUGUUAAGGAUCAACAGUACCCAAUGUCAUCCCCAUUGCUGUGGCUAGCAGCAAGUGCUGAUCGCCGCGUCAGUAUCUGGAGUGCUGACUGGUCCAAAGACUUCUGUGAAUUAGUAGACUGGCUGACAUUUCCUGCCCCACCCUUUGGACCUGAUGGACAAGCUCUUAGGAGAGGGGACCCUGCCCACUUCUCACAGCUGCCUCCAAGCCUGGCCCAAUUCUCUCCUACAGACCCUGACAUUGUUGUCUACACUGGCUAUGGCAUGCAGAAAGCUGUUCAGUUCUACAGUCUGGCUCAGAAAAAGGUUGUACGUACUGCAGCACUCACUCAGUGGGUGACCUCCAUGGAUAUAUCACCCAUGGGACAUCUCAUUGCUUUUGCAACAGAAGAGCGAUUAGUCAAACUGAUGGACUACAAUGAGGGAAGCUUUCAGGAUUUCAUGGGACACUGUGAUGGUGUGAGCAAUGUUAGGUUUGCACCAUCUGGGGAACUACUGUGUUCAACAAGCCAGUCAGAAAUUUUGAUGUGGAACGUCAGGGCUGAACUUGAUUAGGUUGCAUGAACCAGUAUUGGGGUUCCUAUAACAGCACAUUUCCAUACUUGGAGGGUGAAUUGAGAAGAUAGUACAGUACAACAAGAUCUAGCCUGUUUGACUGAAGAGGAAGGAGAGGGUAGAAUGAAAUUUGUGUGCAAAGUGUAACUAUUUGGGGAACAGGAUGAUCCCACUGAAUCUGACCUAAACAUCCAGCAAAUGAUAGAAAUUUCAUUGGAAAACAAAUGCAUAAUGUCCCAAAAACAACAGCAAAACAGUAGCAUGGUGAAAAGUAAAGUAACAUGAAAACUCUCAAGACAUAUUGCUCUCAAAAAAGCAACACUUAUUUUAUAUACACAAAAUCAUACACAUCACAACACUCACAAACUUAAAAGUAACAUGUUACAAGUGAGCAUAUUCCACCAAUAUGUAUAUCAUGGUGGUCAAGAAACUCUCUUGAGAAAUUCCUCUGUAAAUGAAGAGGGUAAAAAUCCUGAAAUGCCAUGAAAUGUUUGAAAAGAAUAGAAAAUUUUCUUGUAUUGAUGUAAAUUCUUUCUGGAAAUGGUUUGAAACCUGAAUCUGUUGUCUUUGUGGCCCAAUGUGGUAAAUAGCCUCAAAGGCUCUCUCUCUUAAAAGUUAUUGCAUAGUCUGUAAACAACACGACUUCUAGAGAGGGUCACAUGUUUAUGGAGUGUUGUACAUACUAGUUGCAUACAGUCCUGUUGUAAAUAUCACAGAAACAACGUGUGAAUAUAAUUUGUUAAUAUUUUGUGAUUAAUUGUGGCAGACUUUUUUACACAGCAGUUUACAUGCUUACCAGGAUUGGUUAUUUUGUAUGCAAUAAUACCACUGAUAAGUGUGUGGAUGUAAAAUGCAUUUGAUCUCAACAACCCAAGGAUCCAUAAACUGUCUCCAUAAAUUCCAGUGUUACACUCACUGUCAGUAGUAGCAUUAAACUGAAAGUCUUUUUCCUUGCA